GCGAAGCUCCAAUUCCACCGUGGCCUCGCCGCAUCGCUUCUGCUGCGCCUGGCGGCCGAGCCGAUGCCCAUCUCUGGCUUCGUCGAGCAGCGUAGCUGCGGCUCCUCCCUGAUCAGCAACGUUUGCGCUUCCGGUGAGGAGGCGGAUGCCAUGGAUGUCAGUGUGGCGGCGGCCCAGGCAAUUGCAGUCAUUCUUGAUGGUGUCUCCAAGCUCGAUGGCAGUGUUAGCAGCCGCUUCGCAGAAAUGUUAGACACAUCCGUACUAAUCAUGUACAAAUGCUGCAGCGGCUUGUCACACAACAUAAUCAAAACACCAUCCUGA